UACGCUCACCAAUAAGAUCAUUUCUCUUUAGUGUAAACGGAAGAGAACAGUAACCAAGAACAAUUUCCACGUUAGCGUUUUUACUGUUGUUAUUUAGACCUGUAUUAACACCCUGGAACUCAAAAUAUGAUUAAUAAUUUCCCCAGGUAAUGUUUGAUUCGCGUUGGAAAUAGGACUUGGUGGAUAGAUGUUAUCUAGGUAACGCUAGCUAGUAGCUGUUAACAAUGGCUAACUGUAUGGUUUUUCACACUCAAUUAGCCUCCAUCAUGGAGGUGCUAGCGAAUUCGGCCGUGGCAGAGAUCUGUAAACUCGUAGACGACGACUAUGCAGUGUUUCGUUUGGAAAUAACUCAAAGCCAGAAAGAAAACAGGUCAUUACGGAGAAAACUGCAGCUACUGGAAAUGAAGGUGGCACGGGAUCGCGCAGAGAGGACAAUGCGAGAGCGCGUUCUCGCCAGUCGUCCCAGUAGUGUCAAGAUCCUCGACCGAUACAGAGGAAUGGCAAGAGGUGAAGGACAUCUCAUUGGAGGCCACAGGAGCUUUGUGAAGCCAGCGGGACACAAUGCGUGUAGAGAUGACCAACCCAUAGCUGUAGAUGAGGGGAGUGGAUCCUCAACCCAGCAUGUUAUCGUGAUAGAGUCAGCAGAGGCUGCAGGACCUGGGGUCAAGCAGGAGAAGACUGAAGGAGAGGAGAACUCAAGACACAGCAGAGACAUCCAGACUGGCACAGCAGCAGGAGUGGCGCUCCCUGUAGCCACGGAGGACCUCACCACCUCCGUCGCACCGCAGGUCAGGACCCGACACAGCAUCAUGGAGGUCAGUGGAACGCCGAACGCCAUCCUCAAGUCAGCGACAGACACAGAGACUUUAACUGUAACACACAGGCUCUUACGCACAGGAUCUGACCACAGAUCAGACCCAGAGAGACUGGGGCUGGGGCCACUGGGUUGUCCUCCUGCUCCUGGCUCAGAAUACCUACCAGUAUUUUACCAGAGCCAGAGAAUGGUUCAUUCUUGUGGAGAUGGUGACACGUUAGACACUGGCAGUGAUGAUCUGUCUUGUUCUUACACAACAGAGAUGGACCCUGGCAACAUGCCCUUGGGUUUAGAGACACAGACUGAUCUGUCUAGUGGGGACUGGAACCAGUACAGUAGUAGCGUAUACUCUGAAGGGUGCCUAGAUAAGAAAGGGGAGGUUAUAGUCGUAGAUGAGGUGACUGUUAAAGUGGAGGGCGACACUCCUCUGACAUGGAAUGUAGACGAGACUCCCUCAGGAGAAGGACACUCACAAGGUAGAGAUUUCUUAGAUUAUAGGGAAAGCUUAGAGACAAAUCCAAAUGUCACGACCCACUCCCCUUGCUCCCAGAAGGUGGAGAUCCACCAGAGGGUCCACACAGGGGUGAAAUCCUUCAGUUGUACCCAGUGUCACAUGCGCUUCUCCCAGGCUGGUGACCUGAAGAGGCACCAGAGGGUCCACACAGGGGUGAAACCCUUCAGCUGUACCCAGUGUCACAUGAGCUUCGCCCAGGCUGGCAACCUGAAGAGGCACCAGAGGGUCCACACAGGGGAGAAACCCUACAGCUGCCCCCAGUGUGAGAAAAGGUUCUCCCGCCAGCACCAGCUGAAGAUGCACCUGAAGGUCCACACGGGAGAAAGGCCAUUUGCUUGUACGCAUUGUAGUAAGAGUUUUUCAGAGAGGAGCUACCUCAGGAUACACCAGCAAAAAAACCAUUCUACUCUAUAGUAUAGAAAGUAAUCAUUCCACCCGAUAGCUUCUGACGUUUAGAUCAAACCCUGUAUUGAAGACAAAGAUUCAUUUUCAUUGUUGUCAGCAGAAAAUAUCCAUAGAUGGGUUUGGAAAAACAAGAGUAACACAUUUCAGUGUUGAAUAUUUCUGGGUAGAAUAUUGCAUCCAGACAUUGUGUGAUUAUAUAAGGCAUACAGUUUAUAACCCUAAAAAGUCUGUUACAUAUUGUGUUUGUACUGUGUAGGCCAGGGAUCUCUUGUAGGUUUUAGCUCCAACCCUACUUAUAUCGAGCCUGGUUCAGCUUAUCAACCAGCUAAUUAUUAGAAUCAAUUGCGCUAGAUUAGGGUUGGAGUGAACCUACAGGACGAUAGCUCUCCAGGAACAGGGUUGGAGAGUCCUGGUGUAGGCUAUAUGAUGUUCACAAAUGCCGAUUUCAUGACUUCCAUUCAACUACUUCAUUUUUUCCCCAAGACACUUUUAAUGAGAAAAUGUAUGCAGUUUAUCAAGUUCAUGCAGAUUUUUAGUUGAGACAUGUAUUUGUGGUUUUCAUAUGGAGUAUUUAGAGCUUGUUUGUUUAAUAAACACAAAAUGGGACUUUUAA